AUGCGCAAAUACGAAUUGGUGAAGAUGUGGAUAGCUCAAGGUUACCUCAAGGAGACUUCAGGUGCAGAUAUGGAGGCUGUUGGAGAGCAGUACUUUCAAGUCUUAGCAGCGCGCUCUUUCUUCCAAGAUUUUAAGACGUAUGAUCAAGAAGAUAUGAGAUUCAAGAUGCAUGAUAUAGUGCAUGAUUUUGCCCAAUAUAUGACAAAAAAUGAAUGUCUAACAGUGAAUGUCAAUAACCUUCGAGGAGCAACAAUGGAGACUUCAAUUGAAAGGUUCGAGUCCCUGCCAGAAACCUUGUGUGAUUUAUGCAAUCUGCAAUCCCUAGACGUUACUUGGUGUGAUUCUCUCAAGGAAUUGCCUAAUGCGAUUGGAAAACUUAUCAAAUUGAGGCAUCUCUGGAUUUAUGGUUCAGGAGUGGCCUUCAUACCAAAGGGAAUAGAGAGGAUAACAUGUCUUCGAACAUUAGAUGUGUUUACUAUGUGUGGUGGUGGGAAUGAAAGUAAAGCAGCUAAUCUAAGAGAAUUAAAAAACUUAAAUCACAUUGGAGGGAGUCUUAAGAUAUGGAAUCUACGAGGAGGUGUAGAAGAUGCGAGUGACGCUGCAGAAGCACAACUCAAGAAUAAGAAACGCCUGCGUUGUUUGCUCUUGGCUUUCGACUACAGCCGGCAGAACGACAUUUUAAUUGAAGCUUUACGGCCUCCGUCUGACUUGGAAAAUCUAACCAUAUCUAGGUACGGAGGGUUGCAUUUGCCAAAUUGGAUGAUGACAUUAACCAGAUUACAGGAGCUUAAACUCUGUUAUUGUGCAAACCUGGAGGUCUUGCCUCCGUUGGGUAGAUUGCCCAACCUUGAAGGCCUGGUAUUGAGGUCGUUGAAGGUGAGAAGGUUGGAUGCUGGAAUUUUAGGUAUAGAAAAAGAUGAGAAUGCCAGUAUUAAUGAAGGAGAAAUUGCAAGGGUCACUGCUUUCCCCAAAUUGAAAGAACUUGAGAUUUGGUAUCUCGAAGAAGCAGAAGAGUGGGAUGGAAUUGGAAGGAGAGUGGGAGAAGAAGAUGCCAACACAACUUCAAUAAUAUCCAUUAUGCCACAACUUCGAGAUUUGAUAAUUGAAAAUUGCCCAUUGUUGAGAGCACUACCAGACUAUGUUUUGGCAGCGCCUCUACGGGAACUGGACAUAAGUAGAUGCCCCAUUCUAACGAAUCGUUACGGGGAGGAGGAGAUGGCUGUGAUAUACCUUUCUCACAUCCUCCAUUACUUUGCAAUUGCCAUCCUAGUGCAGAUCAAGCGAAUCAUUUGGAUUCAAAUCAGCUUCGGCUUAGAAGAUACUGAAGAGCUACUUCAGAGUGGGUUCCGAUAUAGUCCUGCGUGUCCACAGCUGUACCAGGCAUCUGUCAAUGUUCUUUACUGGUCUGGUUAUGGACUUGACUUUGACAUGGAGUACAUGUACCCUGUUGCUGUUUCAACAGAAAAAGAAGAAGAAGAGGGGGACAAAUAUGUACUUGGCUAUUUGGUUGCUCAAUGA